AUGUCACGCACAUUUACCAUCGAGGAAGUCUCUGGACACAGCACGACCGACAACCUAUAUCUGAUUGUCGACAGGAAGGCCUAUGACGUUACAGGUUUUCAACAUGAGCACCCGGGCGGAGACGAGUUUCUGCUCGAUCAAGGAAGACAAGAUGUGACUGAGCUUUUCGAAGAUGCUGGCCAUAGCGAUGAAGUAAGGAAGAUCCUAGAGACAAUCCAGAUUGGUACUGUUGAUGGCGAGAGCAAUUCUGCUGCCGCCCUGUCUGAUGAAAUGCCACGGAAACAGGAUGGGGGGUUGACAUUGACCUGUACUCUCACUGUCUUGUGUGCCAUGAUAGCUUAUGUUUUGUUUUUAACGUGUCUUGGUAAUAUUGGCCGAAAGAAACGUGGUAUCUGGGUCUUUAUUGCCUUUUGA